AUGACUAUGGCACCUGCAAAGAGUGGUAGCAAUCCGGAAGUCGAGAGACCGAGCCGAGUGCAAGAAACAUCGUCGGCAUCACUGACUGCUGGCACGACUUCCGCAAAAAUGUUACUUCGUUCCCAGGGCAGAACGAGAAGUAGAGACCCUCCACCACCAAGGAAAUCAGGCACCUUGGUUAACAACACUGCUGGGUCAGAUGACGAAGACUUCAGUGAUAGCAGUGGAUCAGAUCCCAGCUACGGAAAACCCGCACCCCCCACAGGCAGGGUGACCAAGGGGAAUCGAGGAAAGAAACAAGAUCCUCCAAAAGACAAGAAGGAAUUGGACCGACGAAAGAAAGAAAAUCCGUCUUCAAUACCCUCCUUUAAGGGGAUAAAUGCUACAGCUAGUCCAGAGCGGCAGUGGGAGAAGGAAGUUCGCAGGGAAAAGCAGAAAACGCUGAAACACAAGAAGGAUUUGGAUUCAGCGCGGGCGGAAAUCAGAGAGCUAAAGCGACAGGUAGACAGCUAUUUGAACGAUCGGCUGGGGCUUAUGUCCAAAGACAAGGAAGAGGUUGAACUGGAUCCCGAUCUGGAAAACAAAUUCAGGGAUAUAUUCCGCGAUGUUGGGGAUCUCUCAAGGACAUGGAGCGUUUCAGAUUGGCGCGAAGUCGACCGGGCAACAGUGUUGGAGGUCUUCUCAAGCCUCUCGAGCACAAUGACGAGACCUUUUGCCACUGAAAAGCUCCUGCUAGCGGUCCAGCACGCGACGAUCCCGCCGAGGAUAGUCUUGAGUGCAUUCAUCAACAAGGAGAUUUGCGCCGAAACAUUUGCCAGGCCUUUUGCACACCUCCAGUUAGGUCUACAUGGUCGAGACGUCGAUCUGAUUGAAGUGAUAUUAAAUGAGGUUAUGAAUGGUGCCGAGAAGAAGUCUCCCGAUUCCCAGCAUAAGGUGAGGGUUACAAUUCUCCGCGCCAUCAGCGAUAGUCCAGCAGUGGAAAAUCAUUGGGUUAAAUCUCGAACACAGCAAGCCAUGGACUUUGCGCAAAAAGAACGAUGCAAGCAUAUAGCGUCGAGUCUCAUCCAAAAAAUGGGUAUCCUAUUUCGAGAUGUUACAAAUGAGGAGCGAGACGGGAGGGACCAUCAAGUGUUUGAUGUUGUAGAGAAAGCUAUGCGGUUGUCGUGUGUUCUCAACAUGCAGUAUCCAAACAUCCAGUUCGUCUUUCUAGACGACCUGUCCAAGCCAAAAUUCACCUGGGAUGACGGUCGAUUUCAGCUACACCAAGCUCUCGGCAUUGAUGAAAAUGACGAAGAGAAUCCCAACGAGGCACAAGCUCUUGUGGGUCAGCCUCUCGACUUGGUUGUGGCACCGAUGGUCGAGAGAUACGGGAAUAAAGACGGCGAGAGCUACGAUACGAAAAACGUCAUUCUCCAGGGCACGGUUUGGAUUGUGAGGAACAGUAAGUCGACUUCACAGGAGAUCUCCAACUCUCAUUCGGCAAACGCGGAUCCAGACAGAGAAGUGCAACACUACGCGGAAAGCAGAAAGUCCGUCGAACCUCGCGAACUGAUGUCGGGAAGCACAGUGCCGCACACCAGCCAAGCAGGUCAACAGAAGUUGAGAAUGCGGGAGGCUACAGACCUUGCGAAAAAAUCCUAUGGUCUCCGCACUAGAACAAAGAUUACGGAGAAGGCAGCAGAGGCGGAAGCGCAGAAAGCCUGCUGGCGAAACCUGUCAAAGGGCAGUCAAGAGACGACCAGGAAUUCAGAAAAGCAGAAGCACACAACAAAGUGUUCAGCAACUGCCGAGCAGAACGGGGCACCAGUGGACCACGAUGUCAUUUGUCUCGGCGAGAGACGCAAUGUAUCUGAAAGCGCGGAAAGAGACCAGACGCAGCUCCUGUCUACAGAGGCGAAGACUCCCCACGAAGAUGCUGGCUCGGUUUACGAGGACGAAGCCCAGCAUACUUGUAAAUCGCCGGUAAUUACCGACCGAGAGCCAGCCGCUCAGGUUCCAGCUCUCGAACAGGAACGCAGCCCAGAACAGGACAGUCGGGCUUCUGUGGUCCAAGCAGCAACAGAAAGCCAGCCUGAAAUUGCAGAUGGUAGCCCUGGAGGCACUGACAACUCCAGGUCUCAUGCGUCGACCGCGUUGUCCAUAUCCACACCAGCAUCGACCCUUACACAAGAUCCGGCGACACGAGCCCAGUCGGAGAAAGGCAUACCGGAACAUCAUUCCAAGCGUAAGUAUGUUGAGUGUGGACCCGAGGAGCGGAAAACCACGGCGACGGAAGCAAACGCCGUCGUCAGCGUUGUCGUCGGUGAGUCCGGAACGAGCAACACGCCCGAUACGGGGCCAGCAGAAAGCAAGGCCAUGAAGACACCAGUGGAGGUCAAUCAGGCCCGACCAAACGAGAAGACUGUCCAACCAGUAUCCCGGGAAGAGAGUCGACCCGAGGUUGAAGAAUCUCAGAGGAGCGGAUCAACUCGGCCGAUCAACAAAGCCAAACCUCCCAAGAAGACACAGUCCGGCUCUGGCUCAGUCCUGAUGGGAACCUUGGCUGAACUUGACAAACCCCCAAGAUACUAG